AUGUUAUCCGUUUUAAACACAAUCACAGUAACUGCACCCGUCAAUCAUUUGCAAACUGAGCUCGUGGAUUUCAUUCACCACCUCCUCCGCAUCAUAUUCCCUCUUUUAACCAUCCUCUUCCUCUCUUUUUUCAUGCCACCAUAUCUCAUUUUGAAGCUUAUUAGCAAUAUUUCAAGAUCUUUCCGCCCCGAAAAUGUAGCUGGAAAAGUGGUUCUCAUCACCGGUGCAUCGUCCGGUAUCGGAGAGCAUAUUGCGUACGAGUAUGCAAGGAAAGGAGCUCAUUUAGCCCUUGUGGCCAGGAGAGAAGAUCGUCUUGGUGCAGUGGCCGAUAAAUCUCGUCGGUUAGGUUCACCGGAUGUUCUAAUCAUCUCGACUGAUGUUCUAAUCAUCCCGACUGAUGUUUCGAGAUCGGAAGAUUGCAAAAUCGUUGUCGACAAAGCUGUCGAUUACUUCGGAUUCUAUCACUUGAUAAGCAAUGCUGCGAUUGUGCGGCUAAGCAUGUUUGAAGAUGUCACCUAA